GCUCCCAAGAUGCGCUCUCUUCCUCCAUUAAUGUAGCUCCCUCUCGCUUCCCGGCCCGUGCGUGUCUUGCAACUCCAAGAACGUAACCAUGUCCUCCUUGCUGCUUCGAUCUCCAAGGCCUCGCCUCCUCCUGACCGCCCCGUCGAGCAGACCCCACCUGCCAUGUAAAGAACAUCUCUUGUUGCCCCGAACGCGGCCAAGGGUGCAGCUCGGCGUGCGCAUGGCCGAGACGACGGCCUGGGUCGAGAGUGGCGGUGGGGCGUCACCGGAGACCGGGGUUACUGCGGAGGGAGGCGCGAUGAUGAUGGACGUGGGAAGAGACGACGAACUGCGAGGCCCGUCGCUGGAAGCGAACGGGUGGGCGCACGUGGAGGCGGCGCUGAACUGGAUGAGCAAAUGGCUGGUGGCGGCUGCUUAUGUUUUUGCAGGUCUUUGGAAGCGUGAUGUAGAAAUUAUGUGGGUUUUGCUGGGUGCGGCUGCCAGCUACCUGCUUUCACUGAUUCUUAAAAGGGUGCUAAACCAUGAAAGACCGACAGAUUUACGGUCUGAUCCUGGGAUGCCAUCCUCCCAUGCACAAUCCAUCUGCUACGCUGCGACGUUCUUUGUUCUUUCAUUGUACCACUACCUUGGGACAAACUAUCUGACGAUGAUCCUUGGACCAGCAACUCUAUCAUUGGCCUUAUAUCUAUCAUGGCUACGAGUGUCGCGGCGCCUUCACACGCUAAACCAGGUCAUGGUGGGCGCUGCUGUAGGAUCUGCCUUCAGUGCCCUGUGGUUUGUGCUCUGGCGCUCGCUCGUGCAGGGGGCAGUUGCUUCCUCGCCGUCGGCAAAGAUUGCGGCCAUCCUCGUAUCAGCAGCAACCAUUGUCGGCAUAAGCGUUCACAUGAUGGACCAUUGGCUCAAGACUGAGUGAUUGUACUUCACAGUUGCAGUUGACAACGGAUAGGUUUUUCUGAACAGAAUGUACUUCAAUUUACCUUGUAAUAUAAUUUAUCUUUUUUAUUUAUUUCUACGCAUCCAAGUGGAAUCUUAAUUCCUCAAAAAAAAAGUGGAAUCUUAAUGUAAGGUUCUGCAUGAUUGUGAUUA